AUGUGUAUUCAGAAAACAACCGAAGUUGCAACGCGUGCAUUCGAGGCUGUGGGCGUUGACGCCUUCUUGCUAGCUGGCAGUUUGCUGGGCUGGCAGCGUCACGGUGGCGGGCAGAUCCCGUGGGACACCGAUGGUGACACGGGCAUUUCACAAUCACAGUGUGUCACCGUUAUGAAAAGAAGUGAUUCUAAUGCUACUAAUAUCGCCGGUCUGGUGAAGCCUCACGUCCCCGAAGGUUUCGAACUGAAGUACUUUGGUGGGAAGGGCACCACAGAUCAUCCCGAAAAUGAAUUCCCUGGAUGUGAUUUCAAACAGUUGAGAAUCACGUCGGUCUACCAGAAGCAGGCAUGCUUUACUGACAUCUAUUUGGUGUUGGAUGAGGACGUCGGAGACUGCCAUUGCUCGACAGCUAGUGCUGACUCUUGCGUUCGCGCCGUACCUGAAGUGUGCCCUAACAAGUCAAGUCUCCUCCCAGUGGUGAAGGCUUGGUUGAACGGUGAGGUUAACGUUAAUCUGCCGCAUAACUUGACGGACGUUCUGAAGGCCUUUUAUGGGAAGAUGCCAGCCGGGACGGACAUUCUAAAUCUAAAGCCUGUUCCGAAGAAUUGGGCAUUUGGUCUUCUCUGA